GCCUUUGAAUCCUGGACUUACUUUUGACAAAGUCUCUUGGACAGCUUUUUGUUUUUCCUGGGACUGGAUGCUCAGUAAAUGGACCGUUUGAAAACUCACUAAGUGUUGUGCUCCGGUGUGACUUAAAGGGAUCCAGGUAAAGCUGGAGGAAUUUUAAUUUCCAUUGGAGAAGUUUUAAAGGGGGGUCUAUCAGAAAGGGUUUAAGAAAGAUUACACAGCAACCAACACACCAUCAAAGCUUCAAGAACAAAUCAAUGUAUGGCUUACCUCCCAAGAAAUGAAUUUCUCUCCCACAAAAGAUCAUGCUGGUUUAAAGACAUGGAGGCCAAAGAAGAUGUUAUUUGAAUGGAUAUGCUGAAUAUUGUGUCCAAGUGGGGGCAAAAGAGAAAGCGAGAAAAAGAGAGCAAGAAAGAAGAAAUAAAUCUCCCUAUACAAUGUGUGGAUGAGGAAAGAUACAGAGCAAACAAAGCAAAACCAAACUAAAAAAGAAAUGGACUCCGUUUUGUGAAUUUGGGGAGCUGUCCAAUGAGAAAUCCUGCACAGGGAGAACCCUGCUGGAGGUAUAUAUUAGGAGCCCUGCCAGGAACAUGGACUGUACCCUUGUCAAUAAAUGGAUUAAGUUUCCAACAUGGCGUGGAGGCUGAAUUCUAUAGCCUAGGUUCAAGAGGAAUCGCACAAACAACCAGGAAGGACCAAUGCUACCUUCAUCACCAACCAUCAUACAUUUUUAUCAUGCAGACUGUCACUUCAGUGCAAACAUCAGAUAUUAUUUCUUAAGAUUGAGACUAUGAAGGAAGACUGGCAGUUUGAAACAAGAGGGUUGGCUUCAGUCUUUCUAGCCCCAAGAAAGAAGUCCUUUGUGCGUGUGACUCAAGCAGAUAGAGUUACCACUAGAGCACCUGCUUUAUUGGCCAGGAACUAAGAAGGGCAGAAGAUGGACUAGGUAUUCUGACUAUUGGAACUCCUGAAGGACCAACACCAAAUAAAUUAUGAAUGUUGAACAAGAUGACCUUACAUCCACAGCAGAUAAUGAUAGGUCCUAGGUUUAACAGGGCCCUAUUUGACCCCUUGCUUGUGGUGCUACUGGCUCUUCAACUUCUUGUGGUCGCUGGUUUGGUCAGAGCUCAGACUUGCCCUUCUGUCUGUUCCUGUAGCAAUCAGUUUAGCAAAGUAAUUUGCGUGAGGAAAAAUCUAAGAGAGGUCCCUGAUGCCAUUUCCACCAAUACACGGUUAUUGAAUCUCCAUGAGAACCAGAUCCAAAUCAUUAAGGUGAAUAGCUUCAAACACCUGAGGCAUCUAGAAGUCUUGCAACUGAGCAGGAACCACAUUAGAACAAUUGAAAUAGGGGCCUUCAAUGGUCUGGCUAAUCUCAAUACUUUGGAACUCUUUGACAAUCGUCUUAGCACCAUCCCGAAUGGGGCUUUUGUGUACUUGUCAAAACUGAAGGAGCUUUGGUUGCGAAACAAUCCCAUUGAGAGUAUUCCUUCUUAUGCUUUUAAUAGAAUCCCUUCCCUACGAAGGUUGGAUUUGGGGGAAUUAAAAAGGCUUUCAUAUAUCUCAGAAGGUGCCUUUGAAGGUCUGUCCAAUUUGAGGUAUUUGAACCUUGCUAUGUGCAACCUUCGGGAGAUUCCUAACCUCACGCCACUUGUAAAACUGGAUGAGCUAGAUCUUUCUGGGAACCACUUAACUGCUAUCAAGCCAGGGUCCUUUCAAGGGUUAAUGCACCUUCAAAAAUUGUGGCUGAUUCAAUCCCAGAUUCAAGUGAUUGAAAGGAAUGCUUUUGAUAACCUUCAGUCACUAGUAGAGAUCAAUCUGGCCCACAACAAUCUAACACUACUGCCUCAUGACCUCUUCACACCUCUCCGUCUAGAAAGAAUCCACUUGCAUCACAACCCUUGGAACUGCAACUGCGACAUCCUGUGGCUCAGCUGGUGGAUUAAAGACAAAGCGCCCUCCAACACUGCAUGCUGUGCCCGUUGCAACACACCUCCCAGCUUGAAAGGAAGGUAUAUCGGUGAGCUUGACCUGAAUUACUUCACGUGCUACGCUCCUGUGAUUGUGGAGCCACCAACAGACCUCAACGUCACUGAAGGCAUGGCUGCGGAGCUGAAAUGCCGAGCAUCAACAUCCCUGACCUCUAUAUCUUGGAUUACUCCAAAUGGGUCUGUUAUAACACACGGGGCUUAUAGGGUUCGGAUUUCUGUGCUCAGUGAUGGCACAUUAAAUUUUACGAGGGUGACUGCGCAAGACACUGGCUUGUAUACAUGCUUGGUGAGUAACUCUGUUGGGAAUACCACAGCUUCUGCGACACUCAAUGUAACCGCACAGGAGUGUAUUACUUAUUUUUCAACCAUCACAGUAGAAACUGUGGAACCUUCUCAGGAUGAGGCGCGGACCACAGAGCAGGUUUGGCCCACACCAGUCAUUGAAUGGGACACCACCAAUGCGACAACCUCUCUCACACCACAGAGCACAAGGUCAACGGAAAAAACAUUCACCAUCCCUGUGACAGAUUCAAGCAAUGGGAUCCCAGGAAUAGAUGAGGUUAUGAAGACUACCAAAAUCAUAAUUGGUUGUUUUGUGGCAAUCACUCUCAUGGCUGCGGUGAUGUUGGUCAUUUUCUACAAAAUGAGAAAACAGCAUCACCGGCAAAACCACCAUGCGCCAACACGAACUGUAGAGAUCAUUAAUGUGGAUGAUGAGCUUACAGGUGAUACACCUAUAGAAAGUCAUUUGCCCAUGCCAGCAAUAGAGCAUGAGCACCUAAAUCACUAUAACUCUUAUAAGUCUCCUUUCAACCACACAACAACUGUUAACACAAUAAAUUCACUACACAGUUCAGUGCAUGAACCAUUAUUGAUCCGAAUGAACUCUAAAGACAAUGUGCAAGAGACUCAGAUCUAAAACAUUUACAGAUUUAAGGGGGAAUUUAAAACAAAAAAGACAGUUUAUUAAAAAAAAUGACACAAAUGACUGGGCUAAAUCUACUGUUUCAAAAAAAGUGUCUUUACAAAAAAAGAAAUUUAUUUAUUAAAAAUUCUAUUGUGAGCGAAAGCAGACAAAAUUAUGUGUAUUCCUCAGAACCUCUUUUUGCUGCACUUAUUUACCCCUACUUCUUUCCCUUCCCUUUCUUCUUCCCCGCUCCCAGUCCCAUUUGCCAUAUUUUUCAUAGAACAAGUUGAUUCUCUAAAGAACUGGUCUAGGAAUUUUUGUAAGAAUUCUGUUAACGCUUUGGGAGUUUUUAUGGUGAAUUCUAGUGGUGAGAUUCGGUCUAUUUUGUCUUUUUUCAUUUCAUUUUCUUCUCAUGCCCUUUUUGAAAUGAUUCAACAGGGAAAUGGAUGUUAGCAGUAGAUUCAUAAGAACAAUCAAGGAACAACAACAAAAAUAACAAAAUAUUUUAUUUUUAAUUUUUUCACAUAAUUACCUGUUCUGUAU